AUGCGCUCGGCCGCCAGCCGCGGGCCCUCGUGGGCAGCGCCCCCGGGCGGGAACGGCAGCCAGUGGCGGCCGGCGGCGGGGAGCAGCCCCAGCCCGGCGCCGGGCUCCGACGCCCCCAACGCGAGCCGCGCGGCCGGCUGGGACCCGUACGGGCGGGACGAGGAGCUGGCCAAGCUGGAGAUCGCCGUGCUGGCGCUGACCUUCGCGGCGGCGCUGGUGGGCAACGGCCUCGUGCUGCUGGCGCUGCGCCGCACGGCCCGCAAGGCCUCCCGCAUGCACCUCUUCAUCCGCCACCUCAGCCUGGCCGACCUGGCCGUGGCCUUCUUCCAGGUGCUGCCGCAGCUGUGCUGGGACGUGACCUACCGCUUCCACGGGCCCGACGGGCUGUGCCGCGUGGUGAAGCACCUGCAGGUCUUCGGCAUGUUCGCCUCGGCCUACCUGCUGGUGGCCAUGACGGCCGACCGCUACGUGGCCGUGUGCCACCCGCUGCAGACCCUGCGCCAGCCCGCCCGCCGCGCGCACGCCAUGGUGGCGGCCGCCUGGGCGCUCAGCCUGCUGCUCAGCACGCCGCAGUACUUCAUCUUCUCCCUCAGCGAGGUGGAGCGCGGCUCGCAGGUCUACGACUGCUGGGCGCACUUCGUGCAGCCCUGGGGGGCCCGCGCCUACGUCACCUGGAUCACCGCCGGCAUCUUCGUGGCGCCCGUGCUGGUCCUGGCCACCUGCUACGGCUUCAUCUGCGGCCACCUCUGGCGGAACAUCCGCGGCAAGACCCGCCGGCGCGGGGAAGGGGGCGGCGGGGCCCGCCGCAAGCAGGGGGCGGCGGCAGCGGCUGUGCCCCCCGGCGGCGCCUUCCGCUGUGGGCUUCUGCCCACGCCGUGUGUCAGCAGCGUCGAGACCAUCUCCCGGGCCAAGAUCCGCACCGUCAAGAUGACCUUCGUGAUCGUCUCGGCGUACAUCGUCUGCUGGGCGCCCUUCUUCACCGUCCAGAUGUGGUCGGUCUGGGACCCGCAGUUCUCCUGGAUCGAUUCUGAAAACACUGUCAUUACAGUCACUGCUCUGUUGGCCAGUCUAAACAGUUGUUGCAAUCCCUGGAUCUACAUGUUCUUUAGCGGACACCUCCUGCAAGACUGUAUACAGAGCUUCCCUUGCUGUCAAAAAAUAAAACAAAAGCUGAAUAAAGAAGAUUCUGACAGCGUUAGCAAAAGACAGACUUCUUUUACCAAUAACAGAAGCCCAACAAACAGUUUGGACACGUGGAGGGAUUCACCCAGAUCAUUAAAGUCCAUCAAAUUCAUCCCCAUUCCAACCUGAGCCAGUUACACAGAAGAGACAGGUCUUCUUCAAGUGCAAUAACAGCACUUGUGAGUAUCACAGUGUGGCACUUUAAGCUUGUCAAGGCACUAGUCAUCAUGAAAUGUACCAUAUUUGCUAAAUAAACUAUUUUGCACUGCUGUAAAUUAUUUUAUGAAACAUAUUACUGACAUACAAAGCAGUGAAAUGUGGGCAGUUGCUCUGGAAAGAAUACUAAUGACCAUUAUUUUUCUAAAGUUAACUUUAUUCAUUUUUUGUUUAUAAAAUAAUGCUUUGUUUGCAUGGUUGUAAUUUUAAUUGAGAUACUUCUUCAAAACAACAGAAGACUGGUAGUACAGAUCCUCACCUAGUGUAAACUAGAGUAACUCCAUGGCUCUUUAGUACAAUGGCUAUAUUUUGCAUUGAUCCUCCAUUGAAGUUACUGGAAAAUCACAAGGUGUAAACCAGUUCAUAAUUUGGCCCUAAUCCACAGUGGGAAAUUGCUAGAAGAAAUUCCAGUCUUACUGGGCAGCGAACAUUCUGAAUAGCUUGGUUAACCAGGCACAUAAGAGUAACUGGAAAUUUAACUAUUCAUAUUGCUUUACCAUUCAGCGCCACCAUGAAAUGAAUUGAACCUGGCCAACAUUUCUCAUUGAGGGCCCAGUUGUGCAGUCUUUAUGCUGGCAAAUCUUCCAUUGAUGUCGGUGUCUAGGUAUGGACUUCACGACUGGAUUUUUGGGGCUUACUCCUGCUCCCACAGAUAUUGAUGGAUUUUUUUCAUUAGAUGCUGGAUCAAGCACCUGCCUUUUAAUUAAAAAGCAGAGACAGAGUGACAAAAACAUUACAAGUCAAAUCUGGUUUAAGCGUAGAAACUGCUCUUGUUUUGUUUACUUGGUAGGACAGCUAGGGCCCAAUCCUUGCAAUCCAUAAUUAGUCCUUACUUAUGCAAACAGUCCCACUGAGUUCAGUGGAAUGACACUAUUGCCUAGCGGCUUCAGGGUCAAGCAUUCCAAGAUGUGAAUUUCAGAGCUAAUCUUACAGGUGUUCUGAGAACAUGCAAGGAUUGCAGCUUUUUGGCAAACCUAAAUGAAUUGCUCACUGAAUGCAAAGAUGUGAAGGGGCAUUCAUGUGACUACAUAGACUUUAAGUGCAUCAUGGUUGCCAACUGAAGUGUGCUGACAUCUAACCAUAAUUCAUAAUCAUAACUACUCUUAAAAUGUGCCAGUAUCCCACUCCAGCUUAUGCUUUGCUGUGUGUUAUUCCUACAGAAUCUGAAUACUUUAGUAACACAUUGUCCUGAAAGCUUGGUUUUGAAGCUCCUUGAACAAUUUUUGCUGUUUGUUAGAAGUCCUCGGAAUCUCUUAAAAGGACAACAUUGAGGCUAGUGAGCCUAAAAUGAGACCUAUCAUUUUAGUUUGGUUUUGCAGGCACAGCUGUCACACUGGUCUACCUGUCAGCUCCAUUCUUUUGAGCACAUCAGGUAUGGAAGUUUUCAGUAAUUUUGCUGGUGAUAUGCAGGACUCCUAUUUGAAUUUCUAGCUUGCUCUUGAGAAUGAAGAGUCAAGCAGAGUGGAAGAGCUGUGGUAUAUUUAUAAAUAUACUUGCAUCACAUGCAUGCUUAUACCUAUGAUCAGAAACAAACUCCCUCCAUUUCUUGUUGGUAGGAUUUGGGAUUUAACACGAUUGGAACCCUAGUUAUUGCUUGGCUAGUUAAAUAUUGGGCAUGUCGACCCUAAAUAUGCUUUUCAUUCAGAGCAAUAUUGGGCCCAAUAUCCCUCUAAGAAUCCAAUGGGGAAAUAGUAGAAAAAAUUGGAACUACAUUCUAAUUAGGCUAUAUUCUGCCUCCAUCGUACUAAUAGAGCUUCCAUCCAUUUCAGUAAUAGUUUUGUGCAAAGAAUGAGGGCAGACUAUGUCCUGACAGAGAGAAGAGUGAUUUCAUGCAUUGCUAGCCCCAUAGAAAAUGAUAGCUAUUUCUUCAAGAACAAAAAUAUGGGGGGAAAAGCACAGAGCAUUAAAAUGGUACACUGUACUUUUUAUGGGGGUUUUUAUGUGCAUUUAUAACUCUAAAGGGCCAAAGUUUUAACACAAAUGUACAUAAAACAUAUAGAUAUGAGUAAAUGUAUGUGAACCUGUUGGUAAAAUUUAGUCCAUAUCUAUAGAUGUAUGUAUUGGGGGACCGUGUGUGUGUGUAAAAUGUUUAUAUACACGCAGUGUAUA